GUUCUCCAAACUUUUUUCACCCGAGUCACUAUAGUACGGCAUAUGCCGAUAGGCACGGUUACGUACUUUAAAAUGAAUACAUCCAUCCAUCCAUCCAUCCAUUAGUCUGAUAAUUGUUUAGGUACCAUCUUGUUUGGGGGUACCGUACGGCGCUUGACAUAUGUUUAAGUAGAUUUACUUUAUAACUUGUAAAUCAUGUGAGUAUUGCUGUGCGGAAAGGAUGGCUGCUGAUCGACAGCAGUGGAAAUUGGUUCUCCUCUGGAUCCACACAUAAUCUAAUAUAUCAUCGACUUGUAGCAGGCUACAGCUUCGGGCUUUCCGACCCCAGGAUCAUGGGCGAGAAGAGCAUCUCGGGUUACUUGUCCACCAUUACGGAAUUCUCCUCGAACACUACCGCUCGAUCUCGUUUACAAUCUCUGUAUUCUGACAUUGUCACAAGGAGGGAUUCCAAUCCUAUGGGUUUUAUUGCCAACGUUGGAUGGUGGAAGGGUCUGCUCGAGGGCGCGGCGAAGCAGGGAUUGCUUCCUGGAGGAGAUCAUCUUGUCCUUCACGUCGAUGACCGUUUGCUGGAAACCCUCCGCUGGGGCCCGCUCGGAACCCCACUUUCUAUCCCAAGCGUCAUAGCGCAGCUUGUCCAUUCUGGCGAGCUGCAACAUUUAACACUCUUCAUGGGCGACUCCAGUUCGUCUACACAAAGCCUUGCCUCGAGUGCCAUGUCGUAUCUCGUUACCCGACCUAUCGACUGGGCUCUAGGGCGUCGAGGCCUUGUCCGUGCUCUUGACGCAUCGCAGUCUUAUCUAUCCCGUUGGAAUAGUGUCCGGGGGACAUAUGUUUUCAAAUCCAUUGUGGAGGUAAUGUCAGCAGAGCUUGCGCAGAAAAUUGUCCGACAUAUCGGGGGUACCGAGCGGUCUCUAUUCCUUGAGUCGUUGUUCGACAUCGAUUCGUUCCGCACUCAUUUUGGACCGGUAGUGCUGAAUGACCCGGCCGUAAUAUUGGCCGAACUUGAUGCAUCGGUCCUUGUUCGAUACUUGGAAAGAGACUUACAGCGUAUUGUGAUAGACAAAGAGGUCAUCAAAUUCACCACUGACGGACUUGAUCGCCAACGUUCGGUGACUGAAGUCGACGUAAGUUUGGUGAAGUUGAAAAAGGUCAUGGACGUGCUAGAGUGCCAGGUUCAAGACCUUCAAAGCAAAAUGGUCGAAUGCAACAUCAAUGCCAAGAAAUAUUUGAUAGUGGGGCAGAAAUUAAGGGCACGCUCUCUCCUUCGAUUCAAGCAUGAAAUUAGUGACAUGCUCGAUGACCGAAUCAAGUCUAUGGAAAGAAUUCAAUCCAUUCUCUUGAACAUAGAGAAGGCGGCUGGCAAUAUAGAGAUAAUGCGCACGUACGACGUGUCGGCAAAAACAUUGAAAGCCCUGGUGCAACACCCAACCCUCCAACUUGAAAAUAUCGAACACACCAUGUCUCUAUUAUCAGAGGCUCUGGACACACAAGCGGACAUCGAUGACUCAAUUACAGUUGGGAAUGACACCCUUGGUGCCGGCGAGGCGGUGUCAGAUAACGCAGAUGCUGAAUUGCAGGAUUUACUUCGUGACAUCCAGAUUGCCACCGAGACCACUGGCGCCCGCGAGAGCAUGACUGGCAGCCCCGAAACUGAUACAAGACAUAAAAUGGAAAAUGAGCCCCCAGAACACCGGACUAUGCUGCCUGCUUAAUAUCCCUUUAGUUGGACCACUGCAACUGCUGAUCCGGGGGGAACAGAUAAUGAUUUCGAGUUCAUCCUAUUCUGGGGCUAUUUUGUACACGGGGUACUUAAACUGAAUAUAGAUCGAUGCUAAAAUGAGCGUUGACAUGUAGUCACAUACUGAGGUUAUGG